AUGGCGCUGUUUUCAGCAGCAGCAAGAGGAGACGUCCUGAAGAUACAAUCAUUAAUCGACUCAGAGGACAAGUCAGAGGAUUCGGUAGGAGUUGAUGUAAACUGCUUGGAUGCAUCUGGCAAGACGGCCCUCCACAUUGCUUCGGAAAACGGACAUUUGCUAACAGUUAAAUGCCUUACCCAUCAUGGAGCAAAAGUAAAUGUGGACGAUGCUUACCUACAGACAUCGGUUCACUUAUGCUCAAAGAAAGGCCAUCUUAAUGUGAUAGAGCUGUUAGUGAACGAAGGAGCAGAUAUUGAUAUUGGCGACAAAGAUGGGUUUACAGCUCUUCACGUAGCAUCAUUCAAUGGUCAUAUUGAUAUUGUAAAAUACCUUGUUAGUAAAGGGGCAGAGCUGGAGAGACUUGUUAAUGAUUACUGGACACCUCUACACCUUGCAUUAGACGGUGGCCAUCUUGACAUUGCAGAGUACCUUUUGACAGAAGGAGCCAACAUUAAUACGUGUGGUAAAGGUGGGUGUACAGCUCUACAUACUGCAUCACAAACUGGUAAUAUUGAUGGAGUGAAAUAUCUAACCAGUCAUGGAGCAAAGCUGGAUAGGAGCACUGAUGAUGGUUUGACCGCACUUAGUCUGGCUUCAUUUAGGGGACACCUUGACAUUAUCAAAGUUCUCGUUAACGAAGGGGCACAGCUUGACAAAUGUGACGAUACCGACAGGACACCCUUAUCUUAUGCUUCUCAAGAAGGCCAUCUUGAAGUCGUCGAGUUUAUCGUGAACGAAGGGGCAGGCAUCGAAAUUGGUAAUAAAGAUGGGUAUACAGCUCUUCACAUUGCAUCCUACAAGGGUCAUUUUGAUAUUGUCAAAUUCCUUGUUAGUAAAGGGGCAGAACUGGAGAGACUUGCUAAUAAUAACUGGACACCUCUACACCUUGCUCUAGACUUUGGCCACCUUUACAUCGCAGAGUCCCUUUGA